ACCUGUUUGUCGUUCUCCGAUUUGUGGACAGUUUGUUACUUUUUGUCGAAGACCCAGAUUUUAGCUGAGUGUUCAAAAGCGAAUGCUCAACAAAGCAUAUCAAAGAGGUGGAUCCGAGUCGGGUUCGAAUCCAGGCCUUCUCUAUUAGAAUCAGCUUUAGAAAGAAUAGUUUGGCAGUGAUUUCUGCUUUAUCCCGUGUAGUUGCUGGAGGUAUGGAAAAACAGACCCAGCAAUUGCUCGCCGGACAGAAAAGACACAGAAAUGAUCUGCCGUUGACGGGAAUCACAAAACCCAUCUGCUUCAAAACCGAUCAGAUUUUCUAUGGUGCAUCCAAUAGAGAGGUAGAGAAGUUGGAGAGAAAAGAAAAGGAACACCCUGUAUUUAUAGAAGCAAACCCCAAUGGGCAACAGCAGAAGAGACAGAGGCGUUAUAGAGGAGUAAGACAAAGACCGUGGGGUAAAUGGGCUGCUGAGAUUCGUGACCCAAAGAAAACAGCUCGAGUUUGGCUCGGUACUUUCCAGACUGCAGAAGACGCGGCCAAAGCUUACGAUGAUGCUGCUUUCAAAUUAAGAGGAGCAAGGGCUAAACUAAACUUUCCAGAAAGAGCAGGCCUCGCAGCUAGUAAUAAUAAUGAUGAUGUUUCCUUUCCAAACGCAACCCCAACACUAAGAGAUUCUCUAUUCCCAUUCAAUCGAAUGUCGGCUCACUUGCAAAGCAGUAGUAGUGCAAUAGUACACGGCGCCACUUGUUUUGACUCCUCUUCAUUAUGCUUUCCUCAUUUCCCUGAGCUUCCCCGCUACACUAAGCUUCCACAACAGCCUUAUAGUUUUACUCAUCAUUAUGAUGCCAUUCAACGUUCUUAUCAGCUGCAGCAAGAACAGCUAACUGUUUCUUAUUGUCAAAGCGAGGGAAGUAUGGAUUAUGAGAACUUUACCGGGAAGUCCAUUUUGGGUUCAUCAUUGACCAUAGAUCACCCCGUAUCGUUACCCAAUAAUUUUUUGCAACAGAAGCUUCUUUCACAAAAUUUAGCUCAGACAGGUAAGAGUACUGGACAGCAAGGGUUAAUUUUUUUUCCAGAAACUGCUACUGAUCAAACAUGUCUCAGCCUGGCUGCUGCUCAACAUGACUGAGAAUCCUCAGUAGCACUUGCUUCACUUAAUUGCUUUUCGAAGAUACCUAGACGACAAGGACGAAGAAGUAAUAUACCCACUUACUGCAAAAUACAGUUUCUCUAUGCUGGUUCUAUCUUUUCACAUUUCCCAUCUAGAAUAUUAUAACAUCUUCCAUUAUUUUUCCUUGUAGAUCCUAACUCUCUGAAGUCUUUUUGUUAAUUGGUGUAGGCUUCAUUAGAAAUCAAAAUAUUGUAUAAAUAUAAUGUUCAAUCCACGCUUAAGGUUCAAGCAUAAGAUCAACUAUCAGACCUUAUCUGGUCUCCUGUAUUGUUGUGAGAUUAAUAUGAAU